ACCUCUGUCUGACUGGCCCGCCCUUCUCGCUCCGCCGUGCGACGGUGCCCAGCCCCAGCGCCAGGACCGUCCGCGCUCCGCCGCCGCCUCGUCUGCGGGUCCGGUCCUCGAGCCGUUCACGGCGCCUUUCCUUGGCGAGCCAGCCGUCUGUCUGGUGGUCUUGGCCCGACGAAGGGCGAGGAGGGAGGGAGUGAGAGCGAGAUGCCGCACCGAGCGCGCCCGAUGACGGGGCUGCUGGUGUUCAUGGGCGUCAACCUCGCGCUCUUCAACACCAUCAGCCCCGUCUACGACUUCGUCUGCUUCCACCCCUACUGGGAACGAAGGAGAGAACGCCGCCGAAGGGAACUUGAAGGUCUGCAAGCGAAGGGUUCUCUAGAAACUACUGACUGAAUUCUCCUAGAGUCGGCAUCUGAGAUGACCUCUUUGAUUUUGUCGGCGUCAUACAGCCCUUGCUCCUUCAAGGCGUGCUCAAGCUCUUCUUUAGUGAUGUACCUGUGAGAUAAAUGAAUAUAUUAUAUGUGUUCUCUGAUAUAUAUGUUGUCCAGAAUUGAGGUACCAGCUACCAGCUGUAUCAUUUUAACCAUUCAACUUACCCGCUGUUGUCCUUGUCGAAAUACUGGAAUGCUGUGUAAAGGU